AUGUUGGCGGCGCAUCGCGACCAAGAGAACCUGGUUCACAGCCAGCAAGUUCCCACCAAACAGCAACACAAGACCCCGGGCGCCCGAUACCCCAAGACGCCAUCUCGGUUUGCUCAGCACGAUGAGAACGCGCCCACCGCUUUUACCGGCAAGACUGGUCUUGGAGGAGCAAAGACCUUUCUUGGAAAUGAUAAGACUCUGGCCAAGGGCCAUGGAGCUCAACAGGCCAUGGUGACUCCCAUGGGAACUCGAAGCAGAGCUCCCCUUGGCAACAAAACCACCAAUGCCAAAGCUAAGAAUGGGCAGGCGGGCGGCGUCAAGGACAUUGUCAAGGAGAUCGAGAAGACGCAGCUCAAGCCAACAGCUCAGAAGCCCAAACUCCGACCAGUCGACCUCGCACCGCUCGAGUUCAGAGUUAAGGAAGAACAAAAGGCGAUCGAGCAAGAGGAAGAGGAGCCUGAAUACGCUCCACCAAAACCCAAGGACUUGCCUUAUGAAUCUGAUGUCUUUCCCAAGGGCCUCUUGACUCUUGAGGGUCUCAAGAAGGAGAACCUUCUCAAGGGUUAUUAUCAGCAUUUCUACAACCCUGUAGAUGAUCAGGGUGUUUCUCGUCAGGACAGGGAAUUCGAAGCGGCCUUGAAAAAGGUGGCAACCAAGGCCGAGGAAAGAAAUAAGCAGGAGGUUGAUGCCCUCACUUGGAACAUCGAUGAUCUUUCGGAGACUGAGGACCAUGCCAAGCCAGCGGUAACCAAGAAUGCAGCCGCCGGGGUUUCGGGCCAGAAAAGAACGGGCAUUCGAUCCAAGCAGCCUUCCAGCCUUGCCUCGAGGCGCGCUGCAUCGGCACUGUCGAUUCACUCGGACACUAGCAGCAACACCAAGGUCCCGACUGUCGCACGAACGACGAAGGCUAGGAAGCCUCUCAGCUCCCUGAUUCAGGGCAGAAAGACCACUCGUGCCGUCGCUCCUACGAAGGCCUCGCAUGCCGAUAGCGCCACUGCACAAGCUGCGUCAAGAACCACCAUCGGUUACAACCGAGGCCGAUCUGCCUCAUCCAUGAUGCAAGCCCAAACUCGUGGAGCUGGCGCGACAGUCAGGCCUCAGCGUUCGGUCAAGCCUGUGGAGACACUCGACUCCAUCCAGUCUGAUGCGACGAUCACACCGGCUCGCCUUCGCCAGGCGACGUUGAAGAAGCAAGAGAGCCAGCCUCGCCCCCAGUUCAUGUCCAUCUUCGAUGAGGACAGCGAAGGCGACGACCUCGGACCAUUGAGUCAACCUCUGGUGCUUUCCGACGACGAAGACGAGUUUGAAUUGAAGCUGAACUUCUGA